AUUGCAGCACGCCCUCGAUAAAAAGUUUGUUGCAGACCAGCCCCACCCACUAGUAAAACAGGCUUUCCCCAGCAAGGUCAACGUUUUCCAGUUAACUAGCAGUGGGUGAUUUCUCCAUUUCUUGGGUCUUGCUACAAGAAAACACCACUGGCACUGUAGAUAGAUCAUCAAAGUAAUUUUGAUAGACACUACUAGACAAUGGAAGAAACCCUAUAUGAGCUCAACAACAACAGCAGUAAUGAAACAGACUGCCGGUUGUCCUAUGAUUCCAUCGAAUACAAGAUACUAGCUGUGGUGAGAGCUUCUGUUGGCUUAUUGUCGUUUAUAGCCUGUCUUGGAGUCAUCAUUAUCAUAUUUAUCUUCAAGAAACACAGAGUGUUCAUUCAAAGGCUUGUGCUUUACCUGGCUAUUGCAGCAAUGAUUCAUUCAAUAUCCUACUCUACUGCGAGAAUAAACUUUUACACUCCAAGACCCAUCAUGGACAGUUAUUGCUACUUUGGAGGUCUGUUUAACCACUACACUGCUGCAGUCGAACUUAUUAGCAUUUGGUGCAUCAUGAUAAGUCUGUUUGUGAAUGCAAUGUUUCGCCGAAGCACUCAAAAGCUUGAGGUGUUUUAUAUUCUUGCAACCUUUUUUGGACCAAGUUUGUGGUUCUGGGUUCCGGUUUGGCUUCAGUCGUAUGGAACGUCUGGGGGGUGGUGUGGUAUACGGUUUUUGAAAAAAGACUGCUCUCGUUAUGAAGAUGGAACCUUUAUACAGUUUGGGAUAUGGUACAUACCUCUCUACGUCUCUCUCAUUGCCAUUUUUCUCGGUAUGAUUAUCGUAGCUCUUAAAGCAAUUCGAGACGCUUUCAGGUGGCACGGACGCUUUGACCCGAAUUGGAAACAAAAUCGACAAAUCUUUAAAAACGAAGUAAUUCCAUUACUUUGGUACCCAAUAAUUUAUCUACUGUUAAAUUCUUUUUCUUUAAUUAGUCAAAUCUACCAAGCAGUUCAUCCAAACAACCCGUCCAUCGUUUUGACAUACUUUCGAGUCAUUAGCUCUCCGCUAAGAGGUGCAGUCAUUGCUCUGGUCUAUACGUUAGACAAACAAACAAGGAAAAAGCUCACCCCUUCUCACUGCCGUGCGAUCUUUCAUGAUUGCUGCCAUGAUGAUAAAGUCCAAGAAUAUGACACAUUGGCAGGGAUAACUGAUAGCUACCAUCGCACUGAUUACAUCAAGUACGAUGAUCACACUGAGCUAAAGGAUAGCCAAAAUGAAGUGAUGGAAAGAGUUAAUUAAAGUAACUGACAAAAUAAUAGUUUAGUUGCUGUUUUAUAUUUUGCUUACACAUUUAUUUUAUAUCAUGCAAUAAUUGCGGAGAAUAAUUAUUACUAAACCACGUUCAGCAAUGCAAUAAUCGAUCUAUAUGGAUUGUGUGUGUGAACUUGGCAGAUCAUCUCCAUAAAAUUAUACCACGUCA